CACAGUCAAGCCCUGGCGCGCUUGGAUCUAGAUCGAAAUCGCUCGAGAGCCUCCUUCAGCUGCAGAUGAAUUCCGUCGCGCUUUAACUUCGGUUCAUUACUGUCCCGUCGACCAAUAGUACCUAAGGAGUAGAUCUGAGACGAGCAUGCGUGCCGCAACUAGGUACAAGCCCUGUGCUCAAUACACCCGGAUAUUCUACGUGCUUUCCUCUGGGUCCAUGCGAUGAGUGGUCUAUGCUUUGAUACUCGAGCGCUCAGAGUACUAAAAGAUGACCAUUCACUGGCAUUGGAUCCCACGCUUGUAAAGUCACUCGUUUUCCUGCCACCCCACCUUCAGGUCACGUAUUUAGGGUUCGAGGUCACAGCGACCUGUCGACACCGGCGUGACACGCGGCUCUUCCUUCGAAUCCUCCGACUUUCUCGAACGAGUAACGAGGCUGAUUCGCUAUGACUACCAUGCAUUUGGGCACCCUUAGCCCCACAGAAGACGACAAUAAGACCAUUGAUUUCAAACAAGCAACUUUUGAAGUCACUCCCGUCAAUACUGUCACUCCAUCACUUACGCCCACGGCAACACCUGAGAGAGACGCCAUGACAGGAAAGAAGCUAUACUCGCUGGAGAAGCCAGAUGACAGGGCAAAGGAGCUGGCCUCCAAGUUGACACUGGAAGAGCAGAUAUCGUUAUUGGCCGGAGUAGACUUCUGGCGGACGAUGCCUAUCCCUGACAAGGGAAUACCGUCUAUAAAAACAACGGAUGGUCCCAACGGCGCUCGAGGAGAGUUCUUUACAAAUGGCACGCCCGCGGCACUGUUCCCAUGUGGAAUCUCCAUGGCCUCGACAUGGAACGUGGGCAUGAUGGAGGAGAUUGGACGGCACUUGGGAGAGGAGUGCAAAGCUCGCGGCGCAGAUGUUCUGCUUGCACCUACAGUCUGCAUGCAUCGCUCCCCACUAGGUGGACGUAAUUUCGAGUCCUACUCCGAAGAUCCAUUCCUCACGGGAAAGCUUGCUGCCUCGUAUGUGCGUGGCCUACAAAGCAAAGGUAUCGCCGCAACCAUCAAACACUUUGUCGGUAACGAGCAGGAGACUGAACGCCAGGCCUACGACGCUGUCAUCGCAGAACGACCGCUCCGUGAAAUUUAUCUCAAGCCAUUUGAGAUUGCUGUCCGUGAUGCCUCACCAUGGGCUCUCAUGAGCUCUUACAACCUGGUCAAUGGUGUUCAUGCUGAUGAGAACGAACACACAAUAAAACACAUCCUACGCGGCGAGUGGGGAUGGAACGGAGCCAUUAUCUCUGACUGGACCGGUACAUAUGCUACAGCACCUUCGAUAAAAGCUGGCGUGGACAUUGAGAUGCCCGGACCCUCGAAAUGGCGAAAGAUUGAACAGGUCAAAGAAGCGCUUGACAAUGGCGAAAUAGAAAAGGAAGACAUCGAGGCAUCUGCUGCACGGGUCCUCUACCUUGUGGAUCGUACGAAGGGGUUGAGCAACACAACUCCUGAAGCUCCCGAACAAUCCAUUGACAAUGUCGAGACACGGAACCUCAUUCUCCAAGCUGGUGUCGAAGGACUGACGCUUUUGAAAAACGAGAACAACGUCCUACCCAUCAAGAACGCGAAAAAGAUUGCGCUCAUAGGGCCAAAUGUCAAGCGAGCAAUCGUGAGCGGUGGUGGUAGCGCAGGCCUCAACCCCUACUACCGAACCAGUCCGUGGGAUGGAAUGCGCAAUCGUUUUGACGGAGAGCUCACGUUUGCACAGGGCUGUGAUAGUGCAAAGUGGCUGCCACUCGCUACACCAUACUGCACAUCCCCAGACGGUCAGCAAGGUGUACGACUUGAGUACUACCGUGGAGACAGAUUCAAGGGCGAGCCAGCCGUUGUUCAACACAAGGUCAGCACGGAUCUAUGGCUGUGGGAUUCUGCACCGAUGGAACUCUUACCAGCAUUCUCAUUCAAGGUCAAAUCAACUCUAACCCCUAAGACGACCGGUAACCACAGCUUCAGCUUCGCCUCUGUGGGACCUGGACGCAUGUUUCUUGAUGGCGAGCUUUUCAUCGACAACUGGGACUGGACCGAGGAGGGAGAGGCUAUGUUCUCUGCAUCUCAAGACGUCCUCAAAUCUAUUCGUCUCACUGCCAACAAGCCUGUCGAGAUACUGAUCGAGUCAACCAGCGAAGUCCGUCCAGCUUCAAAGGUUUCUAUCAUUGGCCGUCGUUACGACUAUGGUGGUUGCCGCAUCGGUUACCAAGAAGAAGACGCCAUCGACCGUCUCCAGGAGGCUGCCGACAUCGCACGCGAUGCAGACAUUGCAAUCCUCGUUGUCGGUCUCGAUGCCGAGUGGGAGUCUGAAGGGUACGAUCGCCAGACGAUGGACCUUCCCAAGGACGGCAGCCAGGACCGUCUCAUCGAAGCGGUGAUUGCAGCAAACCCGCGCACCGUCGUUGUGAACCAAUCCGGAACGCCCAUCUCAAUGCCAUGGGUGAAUCGCGCUCCUGCAAUCCUACAAGCGUGGUACCAAGGCCAAGAAGCCGGUAAUGCGCUCGCAGAUGUGCUCCUGGGUAACGCAUCGCCCAGCGGCAAGCUGCCUACAACAUUUCCCGUGCGUAUCGAGGACAACCCGGCGUACCACAACUGGCCGGGCGAGAACCUCACAACCGUGUACGGCGAGGGCAUCUACGUCGGCUACCGCCACUAUGAGCGCUCAAAGAUCGCACCGCUCUUCCCCUUCGGCCACGGCUUGACUUACACCACCUUCGCUCACGGCACGCCUACACUGUCUACCACCGUGCUCACCGAAACCGGACACAUCACGCUUAGCGUCCCCGUGACCAACACCGGCAGUGUAGCUGCGCACGAAAUCGUGCAAGCCUACGUCAAGGACGUCAAGAGCAGCCUGCCACGCCCGGACAAGGAACUACAGGCCUUCGGGAAGGUCUUCCUACAGCCCGGCGAGACCAAGACGGUGGAUAUGAAGCUCGACAAGUACAGCGUGGGAUACUUUGACACGAGCCUUGGGCAGACGGGCGCGUGGAUUGCAGAGGAGGGCUUCUUUGAGGUCCUCGUUGGCGCGAGUAGCGCGGAUAUCAGGGGUAGAAUCAGCUUUGAAGUCAAGGAAAGCUUCCAGUGGAUUUUCUAAGCGGAGGGAGGGGGCAUUUCAUCUAGAGAUCGGGGGCACCGCGGAAGGAGCCCUUCUGGGUAGAUUCUCGUGGGAGUGCAUAUGGCCCAUUUGGGCCGUUGAAAGGAAUUUUAGUAUUUCCUAGUCGUGUUUGCUUGCUGCGUUCAGUCAGGCCGAAACACAGUGAGCGUUCGUAACGAUGAAUUGCAAUUUCAUAUCUUCGUUGUCAUAGGCUGAUGGUCAGUCCAUCGAAGUCACGCGUCACUCGUAUCAAUCAAUAUGUAUA